AGUGGAGGAGAAUAAACCAACAAGGAUUCCCUUUGUAGCAACGAGUAAAAUAAUUCGGAACUAGAUAGAAAAAAACAAGUCUACCCGCCAGGGCUACGCUUGCAGCCCUUUUUUGCUUUUUCUUUCUCCCUUUUUUGUCUGUUCUAAAGCCAGUUUUCUGAUUAGCAUAUUAAUCGAGUUUUUUAGUAAUCCAUUUUUCCGAGCGUGAAUGAGAAAAACUUACCCAGAACUUGUCCAAUGAGGGGAGUCUUGCGAUUGAUCGAGAGGAGCACAGCAGGUAGUACUAGUAGCCGCCAAUGCUGCUCAUGGGGGAACUACUGGACCAUUGGGUUCAUCAAGGGACCGCAAUGGCGUUACCAAGUGGCUGAAGGAGGAGUAGGAGGAAAUGCGCCCUCUAAUCUCGUAAGAAAGGCUAUUGGGGGGGUGAGCGUUAGGAAGGCCAGCAAGCUUGAAGUGCACAAUCAUUGUUCUGGGAUAGGGAGGCCCGCUAUGGACGGCGAUUAUGACGCAGUGACAAGUGAGAAUUUUGCGCUUUCGGAUCCAAUACUGCCAGCAGUGGCAGCAGCAGGAGACAGAUCAGAAGCAGGGCCUCGUUGCCUCUAUAGAGGAAGUUUGCUUGCUGAGUGCAGGAAUCGAGCCCUCCUCUCCCGCUUCUCCAGUCACAAAAGCCGAACUUGUAAGGAGGGUUUUGAGAGCCACAGGGGGAGAGUUGGGGUGGGAUGGAGACUUCAAACAACAAUGGGGCGAUUGCCCUGCCAAGGGGAACGGCCAAUGGCAGUUCACGGUUAUGAUCACGGUCACGGAAGGCAGGGUGUUGAGACUACUCCGAGGAGGAAGUCUGAUUCGCUGCUCCAUCAUCGAUGCAAGGCGUUCGGCACAAGUGCAUCAGCAGGAGGAGGUGCUAAGCUGGUGGUUCCCAAGGAACUGGCCGCUGUGCUCCAGAAGAGGAUGACAGCCAUAGAGGAUCGCCACGGGGAGCUACAGCGGCGGGUGAGCGAGGAUGUGAUGAUGGCCCCCGACGAGCUGGGCAAAAUCAACAAGGAGUUGAGCCAGCUCACGCAACGUGUUGAGGUGAUACGAGAGCUCAGAGCGAAGCGACAAGAUAUGAGCGAUUUGCGUUCCCUUGCUGGAGAUCCGAACGAAGAGGGGGAAGUCCAGGAGUGGGCUGCGGAGGAACUGAAGACGGUAGGAAAAGAGGUGGAAGAACUGGAGGCCACGGUACUCAGAAUGAUCCUUCCCAGAGAUGAAAUGGACAGCAAAGGGUGUAUCUUGGAAGUGAGAGCUGGAACAGGCGGGGAGGAGGCAUCUCUAUUUGCCAUGGAGAUCUUCCGCAUGUACGAGCGCUUGUCAGAAAUCAAUAACUGGACCUUUGAAGUGAUGGAUAUCAUGGCAACUGACCUUCGGGGGUGCAAGGAAGCAAGUGCUUCCAUCUCUGGGGCAGGGGUCUUUGGUAGGCUGAAAUUUGAAAGUGGGGUGCAUAGGGUUCAGAGGGUACCAGUGACGGAAACCAGUGGCCGAGUGCACACGAGUGCGGCAUCGGUGGUAGUCCUGCCGCAAGCAGAUGAGGUGGAUGUGCAGGUGAGAGAGGAGGACUUGCGUAUAGACACGUACAGAAGUGGUGGUGCAGGUGGACAGCAUGUUAACACCACGAACAGCGCGGUCCGAAUCACACAUAUCCCGACGGGAACUGUGGUCGCAAUUCAAGAUGAGAGAUCCCAGCACAAGAACAAGGCAAAAGCGCUCAAAGUGUUGAGGGCACGCCUGUAUGACCAGGAACGACAACGGCAAAGCACCGCUCGUUCGCAAUCAAGAUUGGCACAGAUCGGGAGCGGAGAUCGAUCUGAGCGCAUUCGGACAUAUAAUUUCCCUCAGGGUAGAAUCACAGACCACCGCGUUGGGAUAACUCAGUAUGAUAUCGAACGGCUGAUGGCGGGAGAGUCUCUCGAUGUGUUCAUUGAUGCACUAUGCAAGGAGGGUUUGGUGAGGGCCACCGGGAGCGGCAAAGGGACAUCAUGGUAUUGCACGGUUGCUAAUCAAGCGUGCUCCUCAGAGAGAAACGCAAGCGCUGAUCCUGUGAGUUCAGUGGAGAGAGUGGAUGACAAGUUGUUUGGGGGUCGAGCCCAACCGGAUGUACGUAGGAACGUGCAACAGGCGAUGGCUGCUGCGUUCAGCUGUCCUUUGCGGGUCGGCGUCCAUGGCCCUGCCCCGACGAUCCCACAAUCCUGCUGUGCUGAGAUGGGACGGAGAACCGCCCAUCAGGACAGGAAAGAGGAAUUUCAUCCUACAGCUACCAGUCAGAGAGAGAGGUGGACGAUCACAAAGGGAGGUGAUCGAGCGGCGAUGUGGAGCAGGCUCGGGUUUGGCUUCGCCCGGGUGACCGCCAUUUCCAGCCACGUGUUGUCCUGUUGUGCAAGGGAACAAGCUGCCUUCUUCUCUCGAUCUUGGCGCUCUAGCUCGGUUGUCCGAUCAGCCACCUCUCAGGCUCAGGUCAUUUCCCCUCCUGCUGAGAGGGAUACAGCCAACGCAGCAGAUGACCCUGCGGCUGCUGCUGGCGAUGCCGCCUCUGCCGCCUCUGCCGGUGCUGACCCUAACUGUAAUUCCAAACCGGCACAAAGGAGGUGGUCCUUGUCCAUGCUUGUGCUGAUCCUUCCUUGCGUGGCCACUUUUGCGCUGGGCACGUGGCAGCUGCAGCGCAGGCAGUGGAAAAUUGACCUUCUCGAGCGGCGGAAAGAGAGACUUCGUGGCGAGCCUGAACCGUUGACGGACGUUCUCGCCGCCAUCUCCUCCUCAUCCGCAUCUACCUCCGAUGAUGGUCAGAUUCGUCAUCUUAGCUCUGGCUAUGGCGGUGAUGACGAUGCCACGAUUCACGAGAAAGAUUGGGAGCCUUUCGAGUAUCGAAAGGUCGCAUGCCAAGGUGUCUUUGAUGAUCGUCGUUCCGUUUUCGUCGGUCCUCGCGUUCGCUCUGCAAUGGGAGUACCCGAGAAAGGCUAUUUCUUAAUUACCCCUCUCAUUCUUGUUGAUGACAAUCAAGGACAUGGGCUUGUUGGCGACAAUAGGAAGGCGAGUGAGAGAGCCGGCAUCGUUAGCAGCAGUAGCAGCAGCAGUAGCGGUAGUGGAGGGGAUGUAGUAGGGAAUGCUGUAAGAACCCGAACCCGGACUGUACUCGUCAAUAGGGGUUGGGUGCCUGCCACGUGGCGGGCUCGGUUCACCUCGCCACAGUCGCAAAGGAGCCCCUCUGGUUCAUCGGCCUAUCUGCGAUCUCCCUCCUCUUCCUCCUCCUCCUCCUCCUCCUCCUCCUCUUUGUCUUCGAUGUCCACUGCGUCCUCCCCGUCCUCCUUACUUGGCAGCGACUACCUAUCUGUCGCGCACUCUGACGAUGAAGAUGGGCAGCGAGGGAUCUGCCACGUCACCGGUCUUAUCCGACUCAGCGAACGGCCGAGCAGCUUCGUUCCUGCCAAUUCGCCGGAAAAUGGGCAGUGGUUCUUCAUCGAUGUCCCGGCUAUCUCCCGCGCUUGCGGAUUGGCGUCAAACACGCCCUUGGUGGAACUGGUGUCAACGUCCUCAUCCUCGUCAGCUGAACUGGACAGCGAGGAUGACGUGGAUUUCCCGAUCCGAAGGUCCAUAGACGAAGCGACGAAGUCUCCGGUGAUGCCACGUGAUCACAUUAACUACGCGCUCACGUGGUACACUCUUUCCGCGGCGACCAGCUACAUGGCCUGGCGGAUGCUGCGCAGGGCUCCGCCACGUCGGCUGAGGGGAGGCCUGAGCGCUGCCUCCACAUCAACGUCAACUCCCCGUCCCUCCUCAUGAUCCAAACCGAUCAAUUUCUCAAUCUAACGCGAAAUCUCUUUUCCUCUUUUAUUAGUGUAAUUAGUGCAAUUGCAUCUUGGUGGUGGUAGCCCGAACAUGACGGCAAUGAUCACGAUGGUGAUGUUGAUGACUAAGAUGAUGAUGCCAGUUCAUAAGAACAGAUAACGAUG